AUGGCAGUACUACCCUUUACAUUUACCUUAUUCACAACUUUACUGGCCUUAUCACCAGACCUAGUUAAAGACUUAACAGCUCUGUCAGCUUCUCUUCAUUUACCUUUAGGUUCUCCUUGUGACUUCUCAUCCCAAUGUGUGGCUGACGGUCAUUGUUCUGAUGGUAAAUGUAGAGCUUCACGUUGUGUUAUCAAUGCUGAUUGUAAACUGGGAGAGAUAUGUAGAGAAGGAAAGGUGCAUGGGAAGUUGACAUUGGCGUGUUUUGGAAUUUCGGACAAACGAGAUGAUUGUGAGUUAUUGGUGAUAUUGAUAUAGGUUUGAAUUUAUCAUUGAUAUAAGUUUGAUACUCAGUUUAAAAAACAAAUUUUAGUAGACUUCUGUCCAGGAGGUGGCAGUCCAACAAGGAAUUCAGGAGGUUUCAUUGAACUUUGUGAUGAGAACAUACCAUGCAUGGGCAGAAGCAUUUGUAAUCCCAUCUACGGAGUUUGUUGUAACAGUAAGUGUUUUUACACUUUAUAGUAUAACAAAAUGCCAUUACGAUCAGUGAUGUUCAGAUACUCGUGCCCUUUAGUAAGAGCCCUCUCGGCACUAACCCUUCUUUAAAGCGUUGAUUUCUUGAUAUUGUCUAUGAUAUAGUUUAUAAAGUAUAUAAAUUUCAGAGCUUCGUAUCUGCCCUUCGCCUCGCCAACCCUUCUUAGAACCAGAAUCCAAUAAACCUGUAGUUUGUCAACGACGCCAAUCAAUACCAACGGCUUGUCCAUCAACAACAGAAUGUGAAAUAUCGACUGGUUUUUGUUGUGAACUAUCUGAAAGGCCAUAUGAGGAAAAGGAGAUAUCACAGAUCAGAGGAUUACCUAAGGUCAACAAGCCUGGACCUAAAGAAGAGUGUGAAGAAGGGCAGAAGUGUUCAGGUGGAGCAGUGUGUGAAUGUGAAGAUGGAGAGUGUCGAUGUGAGUGUGUUCGGUCAAUGGGUUUCGCUUUGGAUAAGAAUACCAUGACUUGUAAGAGGACUCGGAGACGGCUUAAAGUAUGUAGCGAGGUUUUCGUGUGAAGACCCACAACUUUAAUUUAGCAUUACUAUGAGACUUACAAUAAAACUACAAGUUAUCUUAAUAUUAAGUUGUUCAAAUAAUUCUGUGCCCCUUAAUCCCGACAGUUUGCUUUGAAAUGGGCACAUAAUUAUUUGAACAACCUAAUAUGAUACUUUACAAUUCAGGAACACUGUAAAUUUGAUAUGGACUGUCAAUCAGCGUUUAGCGAGUGUACUUCUGGAGGUUGUAGAUGUAAGAAUGGCUUUCAAAGGGAUGGUCAAGGAGGUUGUAAACCUACAGGUAACUCCAAAUAAAUUUAAUUACAAAAGUUUAUUACAAUAUAAACCAAACUUUUUUAGAUUAACAAGCAUUACUUUAAUAUACCUUGUCAAUUUACAGCCUAUAAAUGUGUUAAUCAUGCCGAACCAUUGACAAUUGAUAGUAAUGUCAUAACAUGUGAAGCCUAUAAAGAGCCGUUAAGCCGAGAGAUUGAGGCGAUCGAGUUCAUGGAUGAUGUAUCGGAAAGACAAGCACCCAAGAAUUGUCCCAGCCAGUAUUAUUGCGUACCAAUAUUCGAUAUCCCACGACAGGCAGACUUGUUUCAGGUAUGUUUGGCAUAUAAAUCAUCUUUUGGUUACUUUAUACACAGACAAGUUCUUUUUACUGCAUUUUGAUAAAAGUUUUAAAGAUGAUGAUUGUGAGUUUAAAAUGCUUGUUUAGGGUUUUUGCUGUCCAUUACCAUCGCCAGAACGACCAGUAUGUCCAGUUGGUCACGCCCAUACCUCAAGUCAACCUCCCGAUUAUGGUUGUGCGCAAUGUCCAUGGGAUCAUUACUGUCACACUGACAAUGUCGCUACGAAAAAGAAGGUGAACUUCAGUUUUAUUCUUCAGUUUUUUAUUUUUCUUCCGUUUUUAUACCUCAACAAUAACAAUAUACACCUUCAGAUAUGUUGCCCAAAGCCUUGUUUAUCACCAGAAGAUGUGUUCAUUGAUGGACAGUGCUAUCCCAUCGCUUAUCACGGUGAUUCUUGCUUCGUAAGUUUAUUGUUGAUUAAGUAUUAUCUAGCGUUGAUCAAACGUUAUCUACUUCCAUAUUGUUGUAGAUGUCAGAACAAUGUGUGGGAAAAGUGCCAGCUCUGAGUGGAAGUUCAUUAAAUAGGGCCGAAUUCGAAAGUGCUGAAAUGGAAUGUUCUAGAAACAUUUGUCAAUGCCCAAAUGGGUUCUUGUUUGUUGAUGGGCAGUGUCGAAGUAAGGUGAUUUUAUCACAUAUAUUGAAGUAGUGUUAUUUACCUAACUGAUACUAGUUAGGUUUAUGUUUUGAAAAUGAAUUCGUUGCUAAUAGAUGACUUACGGUACUUUAAGGACUCCAGUGUACGAUAGGAACCAAAGGAGAACCAAUUUUGGACAGCGACGGAAGAAUUCUGAAGUGUUUGAGCUCAAGAGAUUGUGUUCAGGGCUCGCUAUGUGACCCUAACAUUAGGGUUUGUUGUAAAGGAGUUAAUAGUAAGUGUUAGUUGUCGCCUACAAGAACUUAUAACCCUUGAAUUAUAUACUUUUAAUUUGUACCUUGGACGAAAACCUUAAAUUCUUGUCCACGAAAAAAUUCUCAUAGUUUUAUGUGAUCCCUUUUUUUGUCUUAUUGCCGUCGGCAUUAGAGAAAAAUUAGAGAACGCACAAAAUUAUGAGAGAUUUUUCGUAAACAUGAAUUUAAGGUUUUCGUCGAAGGUACAAAUUAAAAGUAUAUAAUUCAAGGGUUUUAAAAUCUUUUUAAAAUUUUUUUAAAAUUGAAACUUGUAGAAUGCCCAAAAAGCUACAUAGAAACAGGGCAACGAUGUGAAUCAGACGGUUUAUGCAAUGGUAACAACGACGUCUGUGUUCGAAUUAAAAAAGGAAAACGGAAAAUAUGUUGUCGACCAGAGUAAUUGAUGUAAAACAGUGUUAUAGUUUAAUAUAUUAUAAUUUAUUAACAGAUAUUUAAAAUUGUUAUUGUCAAAAAAGUUUAUGUACAUAAAACAUUUUUUAAAUAAAUUUGAAUAAUUUUUAGAAUAAAAAUUUUUUUUCGUUUUUCAAAAUUAAUUUUUUCAUAUUUAUAAGAUCAAACUUUGUCAUUUUUGUUAUUUGAAAGUUGACGAUGGUCGGAUUUCUAAAGACUUCCAUCUGUCUCAUUGCUUUGAGUUUGGUAUGUUCUGCUGAUUUAGAUUAUGUACGAUUGUCGCCAAAUUGCGAGUUAUCAAUCACAAAGCAAUAUUACAGUGGUUCCAAUGGGUAGGUGCAAUUUUGUUACACAGUAUUGCCGCAUAACUUACAUAGUUUUAAAUUUUUAUUUUUAAUGAAUAUUUUGUAAACAUACUCCAUUUUGCAUAGCCUAUUUUACCAGUUGUUUACAUUUUAAGAUUUUAAUUAUUAUAUUUCCUAUCGCCUUAAUUUUUAACAUUUUUAGUGAUUGUGAAGGUGUGUUUAUCGCAGCAAUACUCGGACCAAAGCUUUCCUGGUUGGUGGUCAACAUCGUAGACGAUCAUACCUUAUCUUAUGGAUCCGCACAUGUUGGCUAUAUGAAGCGACAAAAGCCUCAGGAAGUUAAAAUGCAGAAGAUCAAUCUAGAUUACGGUACUUUUUUAAUUUUUACAAAUAUUUUUGUAAAAGAAAUGAAAUGUAGUACCAAAUAGGAUAUAUUAUCUAAAACUUUAAAAUUGUGCUGUAUGACUUAAACGUAUAAGUAAAAAUUGAAAAUAUAUCAAAUUAGUUUAAAAUUGGUAACUUGGGAGCUAAAAAUAAUCAUUUACAGCCCUAACCGGAUGUGUGUUCGACCCGACAUACUUUACAAUCUUUACCGCGGAUACCGAUGUCUACAUGGUUGUGAAGUGCGAAGAUACGUACGGAUUGUUGAGAAGCAAGAUAUACUCCGCCGACAACUUUAUCUUUACCCCGCCUCGAGCGAUGUUGUUCCUCCAGACCGCCAACACAAUUGGUAUUGUUGGAGUUCCGGCUGGAUCCCCCUCCCAGAAUGCUUACAUUGUGCAGGUCCUUAAGCAUGGAGGGGCCUACAUGAAAAGGGAUCUGUAUAACAUCAACAGUUACCUCAAUGGACCGUGAGUGUUUUCAAAGAAUAAAUUAUGUUUUUGACCUCCAGCUAGAACAAAAUUCAUUGGUACUGUUUGGAUAAUUAAUAUUAUGUUUUACUAAAGCCCUUUAAAACAUUUAGAACCGCCUUGGCCAAGAAUGUACAGUGCUACAACAGAAUGGACAACUCUACCCACUUCACUUACAAAAAAGAGAAAAGGACCGUUUUUGAAAGCAUAAACGAGAGUAACAACAGCGCUUUUACACGUAUGUUCAAUAUAUAUAUCUUAUACCUGUAGAGAUCAUGGGACGGGUUGUUAAGGUAGGAAACCUUGACAGGGCACUUGGGAAGACGGAGAAGUAAAAAAUUCUAAAAUACAGACCAAAACGUUAUUGAUAAAUAACAUUUUCGACAUCAUCAUUUUUUGAAUUGUGACUUUUCUCCCACAACGACAACUUUCUUUACAGCCUGCGCGGACCUUGCUCACAGUACCGAAGACUUGUCAGUUUAUGCUUGUCUUAACAUUGAAGACGAACCAGGACCUCCACCAGCAAAUUUCAAAUGGAUAAGAACCUAUGCUGACACUGGCCUCAAUGUGCCUCAAAAUGAUGUAGGUUUAAAAGUAUAGCUAGAUAUAGCUAUACAAUAACCAGUAUUUUGAUUAGAAAAAUGGUUAUAAUGGAUGUAAGACUAGUAAAUCAGCUACUAUAACAAAACACCUGAACUAAUGUAUAAUUUUGAUUCAGGACGACUCAAAGUACUCAAAACAAGACAUUGAAAACUGUGGACAACAGGCUAAAAGGUGAGAUUUAAUACGCCAAAUCUAUUGUUUAUCAACAUUACGUUGUUUCUUUUGUAAAAAAAUAGAAAAUGUACUUUUUGCAACUAAUGUUUGUUGUUUCAGAAGAUGGAAUAUCAUAUUCUGGCAGCUUGUGUUUAUGAUUUUCGAGAUUUUUCACAUUGUCUUCCUCGUGUGCGUCACCUAUGCUAUUAUCUUUGCUAACAAGCGAUCACUUUCAAAACAAAGUAAGUUAUUUUACCGAUCCAAAAUGACAUAUUCAGUGUAAAUCAGCAAAGCAAUGUCAAGUCUAUACAGUAAACAAAGAUAACACCUUGACUAACAAUAAAUUUGAAUUAAUCGAUUUCAGAGAAACGAAAAGCCAAACGUGACGCCAAUAAGCACAGCAAGAGAUCCUCGAGACCGAAGAAGGAUGAAAGCAAAGAAGACACAGAAGACAAAGAAGAGAAGAAAAAGUCACCAAAGAAGCCCGAGUCCGGUCAAUCGUCAAAGAAGAAAAAGAAGUAG